UCUAAUAUUAUGAAAUAUGCACCUAUUAGAAUGAGCAUGUUUUUUAGGAUCAAAGAGAAACAUAGGGAAGAAGCAACUUUAAUCACACACGACAUCAUCAUCAUGGUGUGACUGUGUCCUUUUAAAGAAACACCUUUAACUCUCCACAUCUCUAACAAUUCUACUACACUUUUCCACUUUUCAUUUCUCUCUCUUUAUCAUUAUUUGAAUAUAUAUUUUUAAAUUAUUAAACAUAGAUUGGUCAACUCUUAAUGUUUCUUGCUGCUCCCACACCUAAUGUUUUUACUACAACGUUCUUUUGUUCCUCCUAUAAAUACUGUGUUCUUCCACAACUUUCUCUCCAUUCUAUCUUCCCUCACACUUUUAACACUAUUUUCAAACAGAGAAAUUUUCAGAGACCUUAGUUUUCCAAGUUUUCUCUCUGCCACUCCAAAUUCCAACCAUAAUUCCCAUGCACCUCCAAAAAUCGCCACAAUAUCUUCAAUAGUCCAACCUUAUUGUAUUUGCACACAUUGCAAUCAUCUCCUCCCCUUCAAUCACCACGUUGAACAAGAACAAGAACAAGGAACAAGCAAUAAUAUGCAGGGUCAACAAAGCUCAAGAUGGAGUCCAACACCAGUUCAAUUACUAGUCCUUGAAGAAUUGUAUAGGCAGGGAAUGAAGACACCAUCAGCUGAACAAAUACAGCAAAUAGCUUCACAGCUUAGACAAUUCGGGAAGAUUGAAGGGAAAAAUGUGUUCUACUGGUUCCAAAAUCACAAGGCAAGAGAGAGACAGAAGCGUCGUCGCCGUGAGAUGGAGGAAACUACUGCUUCUUCAACUCAAGAUAAAAAGGAUAAACACAAGUUUCUUAUGGGAAAUUCUCAAAUGCAAGAGGAUGCAGGGUUGAAAGAGACAAAGAAGUGGGCAUCCACUUCAAACUGCAGUGAACAUGCAGAGCAGGAAAAUGCAGUAGCACUGGAUAUAGCAGAAAAGGGAUCAAGUGGGUGGGCUCAGUUUGAAGAGAGAGACAUACAACUACAAGUAUUGAGGAAAAACAUAGCAGAAAAGCAAGGAAAGUGCCAAAAUAUUGAAAUUCCAUAUUACUUUCCACCUUUUACUAUACCAACUACUACAACAAGUUCAACUUCAGUAGCAGCAUACAGAACAUUAUGUAGUAAUAAUAAUAACACACAAAUUUUAACCCCUCCAAAUUAUGUACUCAAUAGAGAAAAUUUAAAGUAUUAUGAAGAACAAAAUGCAGAACCUCGUACACUAGACCUUUUUCCAGUUAAAGGGGAUCAUGAAUUACAAGAUCAGAGGAAAUCUAUGUUCUGUGUUAAUGAUUCUAUGGACACUGAAAUCAUCACCUCCUCCAACCAGUUUUUUGAGUUUCUUCCUUUAAGAAAUUGAAGCCAAUAUUAUUUCCAUCUUAUUUUAGAAUAUUGCAUAUUAUAUAUAGUUAUUCAGCCAAUUAAUUAAUUGGAUUGGAUGUUUCUGUAAUGAA